AGGUCCUCAGCAGGCCGCCGCUAGCGCGCAGCUCUGGGGCAGACCCCAGCGGGAGCCCAAGGGCAGCUACGGGGCCGCUGAGGCUUCUGGCGCCGCCUCGGCCAGCCCUUCCUGCACGGUGAGGACCCCGGGACUGCUGCGGGAAGGUGCUGGAGGUUCCACUGCCUUAAGGAUGACAGUCCUAGGGCCCCCGAGAAGUUGGAGCUGCCAGUGGUUGCCACUCCUGAUGCUGCUGCUGAGCACAACGGGGGUGGCAGGUGUGACACACUACAAAGCCGGCGACCCUGUCAUUCUGUAUGUCAACAAAGUGGGACCCUACCAUAACCCUCAGGAGACUUACCACUACUAUCAGCUUCCAGUCUGCUGCCCUGAGAAGAUCCGGCACAAAAGCCUUAGCCUGGGUGAAGUGCUGGAUGGUGACAGAAUGGCCGAGUCUUUGUACGAGAUUCGCUUUCGGGAGAAUGUGGAAAAGAGAAUUCUGUGCCACAUGCAGCUCAGUUCUGCACAGGUGGAACAGCUGCGCCAGGCCAUCGAGGAAUUGUACUAUUUUGAAUUUGUGGUGGACGACUUGCCACUCCGUGGCUUUGUGGGCUACAUGGAGGAGAGUGGCUUCCUGCCUCACAGCCCCCAGCGUGUGCUUCGGAAUGACCUGGCUCGGUACAACUUGGAUGAGGAGACAACCUCUGCAGGUUCUGGUGAUGACUUUGACCAAGGUGACAAUGGCUGGAAAAUCAUCCAUACAGAUGUCUUCCGUUUCCCUCCGUACCGUGGUCUGCUCUGCGCUGUGCUUGGUGUGGGUGCCCAGUUCCUGGCCCUUGGCACUGGCAUUAUUGUCAUGGCGCUGCUCGGCAUGUUCAAUGUGCACCAUCAUGGGGCCAUUAACUCAGCAGCCAUCUUGUUGUAUGCCUUGACCUGCUGCAUCUCUGGCUAUGUGUCCAGCCACUUCUACCGGCAGAUCGGAGGCGAGCGUUGGGUGUGGAACAUCAUUCUUACCACCAGUCUCUUCUCUGUGCCUUUCUUCCUGACCUGGAGUGUGGUGAACUCAGUACAUUGGGCCAAUGGUUCGACCCAGGCUUUGCCAGCCACCACCAUCCUGCUGCUUCUGACGGUUUGGCUGCUGGUGGGCUUUCCCCUCACUGUCAUUGGUGGUAUCUUCGGGAAGAACAAUGCUAACCCCUUUGAUGCACCUUGUCGCACCAAGAACAUCGCCCGGGAAAUCCCACCUCAGCCCUGGUACAAGUCUACUCUCAUCCACAUGACUGUUGGAGGCUUCCUGCCUUUCAGUGCCAUCUCUGUGGAGCUGUACUACAUCUUUGCCACAGUAUGGGGUCGGGAGCAGUACACUUUGUAUGGCAUCCUCUUCUUUGUCUUUGCCAUCCUGCUGAGUGUGGGGGCUUGUAUCUCCAUUGCGCUCACCUACUUCCAGUUGUCAGGGGAGGAUUACCGCUGGUGGUGGCGAUCUGUACUGAGCGUUGGCUCCACUGGGCUCUUCAUCUUCCUCUACUCAGUCUUCUACUAUGCCAGGCGCUCCAACAUGUCAGGGCCGGUACAGACAGUGGAAUUCUUUGGCUACUCCUUACUCACUGGUUACAUCUUCUUCCUCAUGCUGGGCACCAUCUCCUUUUUUUCUUCCCUAAAGUUCAUCCGUUAUAUCUAUGUUAACCUCAAAAUGGACUAGUUUUGGGUGGCAAAACUGCUCUUCUCUCCCUUUCUUCACGUUUCGUUUAUUUCUUACCAACAUCUCUCCUGAUUGACUGACUUGUGUGAUGGCAUUGUUGCCUUUCCCUUUGCCCUUUGCGCCUCCCUUUCCGCGGGAAGUUCCGGAAAUUAUAAAUAUCUAUUAUAUAAGAAGUAUAUAUUUGAACUUUUUAAGUUGCCUUUCAUUUUGGUCCUGAUUUUUCUUUUUACAAUUAUCAAAAUAAAAUUUAUUAAGAAAAAGGA